AUGGGCAAGAAAAUCGAAUGUUACCUUGACUGCGUAUCACCCUACAGCUUCUACGCUUUCACGUAUCUCCAGAAAAAUGCAGACGCGCUCGCCUCGCUAGGGGUGGAAAUCGAAUACAUCCCUGUCUUCCUGGGAGGCAUCAAUGUAGGAAGCGGAAAUAAACCCCCAUGGACUCUCCCAGCCAAAGCCGCCUACUCGACGUACGACGGCAAGCGCGCCCAGAAGUACUUCGGGCACAACUUCGAAGUACCCGCGUUCUUCCCUAUCCUCUCGCUUCUCCCCCAACGAGCACUCACAUACAUCAAGCGCCAACACGCCCAUAAACUCGUCCCGGCCUUCCUUGCCUGCUUCGAGACGAUGUGGAACGGCCAACUGGAUAUCUCCAAGCCGGAGAAUCUAGCCAAGGCAUUGGGGAGAGUCUUCUCAGGUGCUGAGGUCGAGGAGAUACUGGCUGCGGCGGCGAGCCCCGAGAUCAAGAACGAGCUUAUGGCGACGACAGAGAGGGUUGUCAAAGAGCUGGGGGCUUUUGGGUGUCCGUGGUUCUGGGUAACUAAUGGGGAGGGAAAAUCGGAGCCGUUCUUUGGGAGUGAUCGCUUCCACUACAUGUGGGAUUUCCUGGAGUUGCCACAUCAGGAUUUAAGGCUGAAGGUUGAGGGGAACGCGAAGUUGUAG